AUGACAAAAGACAGAUUAGCCGCACUUCACGCCGCUCAAUCCGAUGACGAGGAGUCUGAGGAAGUGGCGGUCAACGUGGAUGCCCAUGAUUCCUACAUGGAUGAGUUCUUCAAGCAGGUGGAGGAGAUACGUGGCAUGAUCGAUCGGGUGCAAGACAAUGUCGAAGAAGUUAAAAAGAAGCACUCGGCUAUUCUAUCCGCCCCUCAAUCUGAUGAGAAAACCAAACAGGAGCUGGAAGAUUUAAUGGCCGACAUUAAGAAGAAUGCGAAUCGCGUCCGUGGAAAACUAAAAAGCAUCGAACAAAAUAUCGAGCAAGAGGAGCAGCAAAACAAAUCGUCCGCCGAUUUGCGUAUACGCAAAACACAGCAUUCAACGCUUUCACGAAAAUUCGUCGAGGUGAUGACAGAAUACAAUCGCACGCAGACGGAUUACAGAGAGCGCUGCAAAGGCAGAAUACAACGUCAGUUGGAGAUUACCGGCCGUGCAACGACCAGUGAAGAGCUGGAAGACAUGCUGGAGCAGGGCAACCCAGCCGUAUUCACGCAGGGCAUUAUAAUGGAGACGCAACAGGCCAAACAAACUCUGGCCGAUAUAGAGGCUCGUCACGCUGAUAUUAUGAAGUUGGAGACAUCGAUCAAAGAGCUGCACGACAUGUUUAUGGAUAUGGCUAUGUUGGUGGAGUCGCAGGGCGAAAUGAUCGAUCGCAUUGAAUAUCAUGUGGAGCAUGCUAUGGACUACGUGCAGACGGCAACUCAAGAUACAAAGAAAGCGCUCAAAUACCAGAGCAAGGCGCGCCGAAAGAAGAUCAUGAUCCUGUUAUGUUUGACUGUGUUGGGUCUCAUAGUUGCUUCAUAUGUUGGCACAACUUUCAUCAUCAAAUCGAAAUCGUAGUGCUUGAAACUAUACCAAUAAAAAAAGUUACACAUUUGCCACAGCUGCUUUUUUGUACUUAUAUUUUUGAAUCCUAAUUUUUGACAUCGCAUUUGUAUGUUUACUUUUUGUUCAACUGUUGAUCAGCCCAUUUCAUAAACUUAGCGAGAAAAAUAGCUCGUAAUGCCUGCUCUUGCUCGGAUAUUACAAGUAGUACAUACAUAUAACUAAGCGGAUAAGUAUGUUUCGUAUGAAUGCAUUUAGCGCAAUUAAAUUUAUGAGCACGCAUCCAUGAACGCCCCAACUGUUGCAGUUUUUAUUUUUUCAUUUUUGUGGGCGUGUCACUUAACGAAUGGCAAAUGGCAUUUGUGGUGAUCUCUAACAAAUGCUGAACAUAUUCCAAACACCUAUGUACCUCUCACUCUCAAAUGAAAUUGCAAGCAACAAAAAAAAAGAGCAUAUGUAUGUUAAUAACGAGAAAAAAAGCAAAUCAGCAACUAAGCGCACCAACAGGCACCUCUGAGUUUCCGUUUCCGUUGAGCAGCACCAUUUUCUACUUCUUUCAUUCAAACACCAAAUGCACUGCAACUGUUUGUAAUUGCAAUCAACAACAACAACAGCAAAGUACCAGCAAACUACAACCAAUGCACUGACGCUCGUUCUAAUGCAAAAAAAAAAAACAACUAACAAAAUAUUAGCCACUCUACGUAAUCUUUUUUAAGCCUCCUCAACUAACCGCCAAAGCAUGCAACUAAUGCACGCAGAAAAUUUUGAAACAAAAAAUAAUAAAAGAAAAUGCGCAUCACAGCAAUCGCAAUAGCCAGUAAAAAAAAAAAUAAUAAUAAUAUGUGCAUGUUAUGCGGCUUCUUCGUAUUAUUUCAAUCAAUCAAUACAAGCUACAAACCAAUGUACGAUCAUCGCCAUGAAUGAGAUCACAAACGCCAGCGACCCACCAACCACUAACCCCCAACCGCCAACGAACUCCAAAGCUGCAAAACUGCUUACAAAAUACAAAUUUUCGCCAGAGUCAACGAUUAGCUGCGAAAUGCUUGAGACCAAAUACAUAAUUAAAUGCCAUUGCAGGCAAAUAAACCCGCUGACUAAAGCAACUUAUUCGAAGAAAUAUAAUUAAAGAAAUUUUGUGCGAAAUUCUAAGUAUUUAAUGCAUAAAGUUGCUAUGUGUCAGAGACCUUGUGGAACAAACGUUUUUUCGCGCGACUCAACAGAAAAUAAUUUUUUAGUUGAGUUUCUGUUUUUUGUUAUCAUUUGUUAAAUUUGAUAUAUAUUUAGUAAAACAGCUGGUGGCCUAAACAACUUAACAAUGAAUAAAAAGCUCAGUUUUCUUAGGAUUUAAAUAAAUUUUCACUACUUUCUGUAAAUAUCACAAAAA